AUAUCCCAGAUUCCAUAGCGGCGCGGCGGCAGUUCCGUAUUCGAGGAUAGUGGUGGUAGUUGCUGUCGGUAAUUGUCAGUAUUAAGGUAAAAGAAAGCACAAAAUCUGCUUCUCUAAACGCAGACGAGAAUGACGGAUAAACCGUGUAAGGUGUGUAAUUUCACACGACAAAAAUCGUAUGGGGUAGUAGCUCCUUCCAUAGAUGAGCUUAAGGAAAAAGGUCGACAGUGUCUUGGGUUCAACUCCAGUGACUCAGUCACAGUGGUCCUAGAGAAUGAUGGGACAGUAGUAGAAGAUCAGGCUUACUUUUUGUGUUUACCCUCAAACACAAAAUUCAUGCUACUGAAUGACAAAGAGACGUGGUCUCCACCUUGCAGGAUUGAUGGUGGCACAGCUUGGAUGGCUAGGGAUUCUGUGUUGCUGGAGACUGAUACUGUGGACAGCUCCAGUACUGUAGCACCUUGGUAUGAACUGGCUCAGCAGCUGAAGCAGGACCUGACUAGCAUUAUUCUCAUGUCUGAGGCGGACCUACAGACCUUAGUGGAUGCCCCAUGCCCUGAACUAGCCUCUGCUCUGGGCUUCCAAGAGAAAAAGGCCCAGGAGCUCCAGGAGACGCUGCAGAGGGUUUUAGAUCGAAGAGAGCAAGAGAGGCAAUCCAAAGAAUUGCUCCAGCUUUACCUGAAAACUGUGGAGCAGGAGAACAGACAACAGGAAGAAACAAGUCAGCCUUCUCAGGGAGGUGCUGGGGAUGUGGACGUGCCGGAUGGAAUGGAGGUGGACUCUGCUUCUGGAUUUAUGUCCAGGACUUUGAUGGUCCUGAAAGGCAAAACAUCGCCAGAGACCAGGCUUUCCACUGGAGAUCUGCAGAUGGUAGUGUCCAGAGGGGUGGAAGCUAUGGAGCAGGUGCUGGGCUGGGACAGAGCGAGGACGUCCGCGCUGCUGCAGGCCUGCGAAGCUGAGCUGACCGCACGUCUCCAGCAGAUUCAGGCCGUGCAAUCCAUCAGGAGCAACACACAGCUGCGCGGCAGCCAGCAGUCCAGCGAGAAGAGGAAGGAGGAGGAGGGCGUAGAAAAGCCAGCCCAAGGCGGCAAAUAGGCCGAGACUCUACCUGAGCACAGACUGAUAAGAAUUCACACUACCAGCCUCAGGGCCAGCAGAGUGGGAUUUUUGCCCUGCGUUACUGAUAAUAACAAAACUGCUGGAAUACAUGAAUCCCAAGUGUUGACACUUUGUAAGAUUUCAAAACCACUUGAAUGCUUUUGCCUCAAGAGGAAGCCGGAUGAUUUACAUAAGUCAUGUUUAUCAAAGACAUUAACCACUUGGAUCUAUUUUUUUCUAACUGGCUUCUUAUUUUGUGUUUCAUGCUGUGAGAAUAACUACAGAUAAACAAAUCUAAACUUAAAGCUAUAACUCAGUAUUUGGGGAGAUUCUCCUAUUUCUAGCAACCUCGCUAGUUGACAGAAAAGUUGCUGCGCCUCUAGGCCAAAGUCCAAGGUUCACUGUUGUGUAUUUAAAUAAAAUGGGUCUUCUCAUCUAACUCACAUUUAUUUGCUUUAUCGUAGUGAAAAAGUUAAAAAAAGAUGAAGAACUGUUGUUUUAAGGCUGCCUGUUACAUUUAUAGUCACAAUUACACUAUUUUUUUUAAAUUUUGCCUUCUGCUGCCCCUUAAACAUUGCUAUGAUUUAAGGGACACACUGCAUUUGAGAUUUUAGAUCUUUAGUUUACAUAUAGGUAAAAACUUACUUUUAAUUAGUUAGAGAAAGCUAAACACAUAAAUUAGCUUCUGCUGUUUUAAAGUGAAAAUCUGGUAUCCAGGUCAUCCUGAUAUUGCCUUGUUAAUGCAUUUUUUUUAAGUCAUAUUUUUUAGCUAUUUUUGGAAACUGCAUUAAAAUUCAAGGAGUUUUUUAACAAGUGUGCUGAAAAAUCUUGAAAUAUUUGUCAAAACUGUGCACCCUAAUGUGAAAUUUCACUUUGUGAUGUUUUAUGGAAUCUUUACAUGGAGGAAAGAGGAGAAGAAAUACCUCAUAAAUAAUGAUGAGUGCAGAAACGGGAAUAAAUACAAAAGUGGGGGGGCAAAAAUUGGCCAGAUAUAUUUGAAUUGGUUUCACAGACACGUUCGUUGCUUUAAUAAUAAAAAGUUAGAUGCAUCUUAAUUCAUAUGACCCCCGUGUGUGUGACAUUGUAGCUUAGUUUCAUAUUUGACUUGCGUAGAUCCAGCAUCACUCCAUGGCUGCUCUGUUACAUACUCUUGUGGAAGUUCUGCAUGAGUCUGCUGGCAGUGUGAUGUAAGAGGGUGUCGACAGCGUGUGCAGUGUCCAUGUGACUCAUGGGGAUGUAUCUUUUCUCAUGCCUGUCAUCUGUGUGCUGAACAAUGAGCACAAAUGACGGAUCUGAAUUUGCAGAAAGACCUCUUCUUUUUCAUGUUGUGGCGAAAUUACAAUGUCACUGCCAGCUUGUACUUUCAUAUUAGAUACCCUUUAAGCGCACCAUUUGUAAGCAGCUUAUAAUUACUCUGUAUUGUGUCCAUGUAUACCCAAAAAAAUAAAAAGUUGUGCCUUAGCUCAUCAGCAAGAAAAAC